AUGCCAGCUUACCAUUCUACUUUCCCAGUGAAUCCACAAACGGAUCGUUUAGUCGGAAAUUUCCCAAUUUUACCAUUAAAUUCCAAAUUCAGGGGACCAGCAUACCCUGCCAACUCAGACUACGAUAUAAUUGACGAGUGUCUGGAUCUGUUUCGGGCCAACUCUUUUUUUAAGAAUUUUGAAAUCAAAAAUGAUUCUGAUAGAUUGCUAAUCUAUGGAAUCCUUUUUAUUAACGAUUGUUUAGCAAAUAUCAAGGUACAUAUGACGCACAAUGACGCGGUGAAGGCAAUGAAUAACGUAGCUUUGAACGAUUUCAAGGUUCCAGGUUCAAUUGGGUUCCCAUUAAACAAUAUAUACAAUAUUCCAAGUAACGAUGCCAAUUCCAUGGAUUUGUUGAAACAGUAUUUGCAACAAUUCAGACAGGAACUCGCGAUGAGACUUCUAGACAGAGUGUACCAGGACUCGCAGGAGAAACCAUCCAAAUUCUGGCUUGCAUUUGCCAAGAGAAGGUUCAUGAAUAAGUCUUUGUAA